AUGCGGAUGAAGGGAAUAACGUUGUCGGCUAUAUUGGAGCAAGGCGCUACACGACGACGCAAAUCACCGCCUAAAGAGGAAUGUCCCAAAAAGCAAAAACGUGACUGUUGGCGAAAGAUCGCAGGAGUGUUGAAUAAGUGUGAAAGCAAACGGACAGUUGAAGAGCAACGGCUCUUGGAGAGUCAGCCGGAUGUAGUGAAACAGAUCCUCGAGCGUCGUAAACGCAACGUUGAGUACAAGGAACGUGUGCUUGAGACGGAAGAUGACCCUGAAGUUAUCGAACGAAAAGCCUUAAAGCUAGCACAAGCUAUUGCGAAAGCAAAUCAUUUGAUCGUCUAUACCGGAGCUGGUAUAAGCACUUCCGCUAAAAUACCAGAUUACCGCGGAAGUCAAGGAAUAUGGACGUUGCUGGAGCAAGGGAAAGACAUCGGAGAGUACGAUCUGUCGCUGGCUGACCCUACCUUCACCCAUAUGGCACUGUUCGAAUUGCAUCGAAGAGGCAUACUGAAGCAUGUGCUUUCGCAGAACUGUGACGGGCUGCAUUUGCGAUCCGGUUUGCCUCGAAUGUCGCUCUCAGAAGUGCACGGUAAUAUGUACGUAGAAGUCUGCAAACAAUGCAAGCCGAAUGCAGAAUAUUGGAGGCUUUUCGAUACGACACAGUUUACCGCACGCCAUUAUCACAAGACAAACCGUCGAUGUCGGCGCUGUGGUGGUCCACUUAUCGACACCAUCGUACAUUUCGGUGAGCGUGGCCAGCUAAAAUGGCCACUCAAUUGGGCUGGUGUGACGCCCCAUACAGAGAAGACUGAUUUAAUCCUGUGCAUUGGAUCGAGCCUGAAGGUGCUUCGCAAAUAUACGUGGCUGUGGGCCACCGAUCGGCCGAUAAAAAAGCGACCCAAGAUCUUUAUCAUCAACCUCCAGUGGACACCGAAAGAUAAGGUAUCGACGUUGAAAAUAAAUGGCAAAUGCGAUCAAGUGAUGACGCUAGUCAUGAAGCAUCUCAAUGUCGAGGUUCCGCUGUACAACCGGCUGAAGGAUCCGAUCUUUGCGCAUGCAACGUUGUUGCUGUCCGACGAACAACACACAGCUUCGCAGCCAAUGCUGAAGAAAAUCACUGCCACCAAAGAAGAAACUACGGAAGAAUCAAUGAGCACCGAACGAGAGAAAGAAGUCAAACUGGAAUCGGCCGUAGCUGCCAGCACAACCGUGUCACCGCAGCAAAUGUAUUUGAACAACUUGAUUCUCGCACAACAACAGCAAAUUAGUAGCAAUUAUAAUCUUCUACUAAAUGCUGCUGGUCGUUCGGAAGGGCGAAAUUCUCUGCUGCCCCCUUGCAGCUUACCGCCACUAGUGCCGUGCUCGAUGACAUCUAGUGACGCUGACCAAAUCAAAAAGGAACCAUCCAACCCUUCGUUAGGUAAUGAACUAAAACCGUUAUCUCCUCCUCCUGUCAACGUUAUUAAGAUCGACACAGCAUCGAAUCUGUUUGGCAACCUGCGACAAGUAUUAAGUACCAUGAAUUCUGGCGGAAAUUCUGCUCCCAUCGAUAGUAAAGCUUAUGCAGUCGAUGAUGACGGACCAGACAAGCAAUCCCAGAAAGCAACGGAAAAGCUUUUACACGUUCCCAUACCACUAUUGCUACAACCUGGUGUUACCCUAGUCCAGCAGUCAUUCAUGGCAGCGAAUGCAUCAGAGAAGAAUAGUUCUAGUUCGGAAUCGCAGAAGAAACCUCCGUUGUGUAACCAAAUACAACUGAUCGUAAAGCCGGUAGUUGUAAGCAAUCCACCAAGCCUGGUGCCGAUAAAUCUUCACCGCCCGGAAGAUGUGAAGCAAUAUGCGAAUGUGCUUGCCAAUCAAGGCUCAUCCAGUGCGGUAAAAGAGGAACCUACCGACGAACCUUUAUUGAUGAGCAAAAGUGUGCCAAAGGAUCUUUUGCAGGGUAAAGCAAAUGGAGACAUUGAUAAGCCAACUACAGAAAGUGAAAACACUUCGAACGAACCGGCUGAUUCAGUGAAUAUGACUGAUAACCCAGUACCGAAGGAGAUGAUACUAGCAAAUAUCGGGGAAACAGAUAUGAUACACAAGGAAGAACAUAAACCAGACGCUGUGCAGGUUGAACUUACGGAUGAUAUCAACACAGUAAAGGCAGAAAACAACAGUAAAACGGAACUGAGCACAGAAAUGAAAAGAAGUUCGGGGGAAUUAGAAGUUGUGGAACAACUGAAUUCCGUAAAUAAGCUUGGAGCAGCCACUGUAAACAGCCCUUUAGUAUUAAAUGGACUAGACAAAAAGUCACCAUGUGCAGAACAUCAAGCAAACCCGAACAUGGAUGAUAUCGAAUGCAUUUCUAUACAUUCAUCAUCUUCUGAAACUGAUGGCGAUGAAAGAGAGAUAGAUUUUGAAUCCAAUAUUGCCUGGUUCAGCGUUGGCGCCGCCAAGCCUUUUUCUAAAACGGUUACAAAACAAACAACCGGUGUUAGUGUACAUACGGACGAUAAGCCGAACAUCGAACAACUCGCCGAUAAAGAUGCUGAUAAUUCUGAAUUGAGUAGAAUCGAUAAAACGAUACAACAAGAUUUACUGAGAAUUGCGCAUGCAAUUAGUAUGGAACAAUCGCCUUACACCCCGUAUGUUCCAACAGGUACAACUGUUCCUGUAGACAGAGGAGAUAACGAGAUUGAAAAUGAAGUUGUUAAGUCAAUUACCGGUGUAACUUCGGAAGCACCAGAGAUACUUGAACCAGAUGUAGUGCAAAAUAGCAUGGCAUAUAAUUCUUCAACAAUCAAUGAAAUUGAUUCGAUUUUAAAACAAUCGACAGUUCUAUCUGAUGAAGGAGACGAAUAUGACCAGACAUCAGAUACAGUUAAUCAGUUUGCCGUAAAGUGUGCAUCUUCGCAAAAAGAUGAUAACAUUGAAGACACUUCAAGAAAAAAGGUGACAAGCGAUUUAGAAGCUGAAACCAUCGUAUUAAAAGAAUCAACGAAUUCAAUAUCAAGCAGAUCACCAGAUGAACAUCCUGUCCACGAUCUAAAAGAGAUCUUCUCAUUAGAAACAUCGGAAAAUGGCAUAAUGGAACAAAACAAUACUGUAACUGACACAAUGAAAUGUAAGGAAAAGGAUGCAAUUGGUAGUGGGGACUCUAUGGUAUUGAACAAUGAUGUGAUGUAUGAAUCACAUAACAAUGUUGAAGGUGAUACAACGGAAGUAACGGAAAUUACACCUAUAACUGACCGUUUAUUACCUUUUGAAGCUAGUCCUCCCGAGUCACACACUUUAUUCGUUUGCAAUGAAGAUGCUUCGGUUAGUGAACUACAGUCAUCCCUAUCGUGUCGGCGAGAUUCAUUUAUUGAUACUGAAUCCUUAACUAGAAAAGAUAACGAAUUGAACGAGAUAACGAUUGAUUUGGGAAGCGAAGAAUCAUGGCGUAAAUAUGAUACGUACGAUGAUGAAAAACUAAAUUCAGUUAGCAAAGAUUUAAUAGUUACAGAACAGCUUCAAAGCGCAGAAGAUACAACUAAAAUUGGAUGUUUGCAAAUCCCUUUGAUUGUUGCGCUGGAUACAAAUGAGGACUUAGCUGAAGAUGGUUCAUCUGUGGCACUCAGUUCCUCCACCAUACAAAUGCAUGAAGAUGUCGAGAAACCUGAUGAUAAUUCAAAUGAUGUAUUGAAAUCAGAGAUUGCACCGGUACAACGAUCUGGCCAUUCAGAAGGAGCUGAUCAGCUUGACGAUGGAAAGUGUUACCAACAUCGCAGGAAGACGGACGAUGAUGUUUCUGCUGUUGAUAAACAGGGAAAUGUGUUCGAAUUUCCUACAACAGAUGCAAAAUCUCCUACGGAAGAUCUUAAUAUCGUUGAAUGUAACAAGAGCAAACAUCAUGGACAAGAUACUAAUUUCGUGUCCACCGCCAGUGCAGUUUGCUCAUUGAGGGAACUAUUUUCCAACUCGGAAGAUGAUGGCACAUUAAAGAAUUCUAAUAGUGCAUGUUCUUCACCGGAAAUGGAUAAUGAUCAUGAAGACCUGGAAUCAGACACAGUCAUUGAACAGGAAGCCAUCGCAAAAAUGAUGGAGGAGAACCUGCAAAAUGAAACUAACUGCUCAACGAUCACUAAAACGAACGAUGAUAACACAGGUAAUGAAGGAUCUUCUGACGAAGAAAUGCCAUUAGAAAGGCCCAAAAUUGGCACCGAUGAGGAACUCGCAGGACAGGAAGAAUGUGUUACCAAGCAUAUCCAAAAGCCAUUGGACCGGCUUAAAGCAAACGAACAGUUACAGAUAGUUUUGAACAGUACAUCUGAAAAGGAAAGCUCGAUGUUAAUGAACUUCAAUAGCAGUGAUCAACCGUCUACAGAAAAUUGUCUUCAAACAAAGAAAGAUGAACAGAAGUGUCUAGACACGAGCAUGAAUUGUGAAAAGACAGUAUCACUUCCAAAACCUACGUCACAUCAAAAUAUGGUCAAAGUGGUGCUCAGCAAUAGCGCUCUUUUCGAGCUGUAUGAAGCUGCUCCAAGGUUCGCCGAUAAUUAUCCGCCCGCGUUGAAAUUGAUAGCUCCGGUCAAAUAUCAGCUUCCUACGACUCAUGUGGCGGGGAAGAUUUCCAAACCAGAUAGUCAGCAAACGGUGGAAAAUGUAACUACUAACGAUAAGACUGAUGGGGUUAACCAAGAGCAGCAAGAUUCUUUAAAAUCUUCGUCUGGAUUGCAUGCACCGGAUCAUUCUACUACGAUGCCCCGAAUUUCCCCUGCACCGCCCUGCAAGAAGAUACAAAUGCCUUCGGCAUUACUGCUUGCUCCACCGAUGCACUGUAUCAGUAGUGUGCUAAAGAUGACCCCACCAAAUGGUGCUGGGAACAGUAUUCCACCGGUCAGCAGCGUAGGAGCAAUUACUCCUUCCUUCAUACCCUUGCAAGGUGGUCUAACAACGAACGCCAGUGUGGCGGCGUAUAUGCUCAAGAACAAUAGCUUCCUCAGCGCGAACACGAGGUUCCCGAAUAUUUUAGGAUUUCCCACUGGGCUCGGUACAAAUUUGGUACUUCUAACGAGUCCUCCCAAACAUCAAGUAAUGACCCAGAGCAGUGAUCCGGCGGUCGUUACAUCACCAACUUCCACAACUCCCACAACACCUGCAAAGUCCUUUCGCCUCGAAUCUGAUGAACAGACGGACGAAGAGGACGGAAAUAGUAUUAAAAAGCGGCGUUCCAAGCGUCUCGAAUCCGCCCGCCUGCAUAAGCAGCUGGUGACACCGGAAAAGACUGACUCGGAUACCGACACCACAGUUGACCAGUGGUCGCCUCAGGAAAGGCGUCACAGGAAUCGCUCUAAUCGAUCAUUCGAUGGGACAAAUGAAAGUGACGAAAUGGGUGACAGUAGCUGCGGUGCUGGAGGACGUUCACGAAGUUUCCGUAUUCGACGGAAGCCGGAGUUUUUGAACAUCAAACAUCCGGAGAAGAAAAAGAAGCGUACAAAUGAAGAACCGUCGUCGGAGACGGCAACGUGUUCGAAGGCUUCGGCGAGCGGUGAUUCUCAGGUGAAGGUGGGUGAUAACAGUGAGCCAGCCACAACUACGGCCUCAUUGUCUACGGCCGCGAACCGAUUGUUUACGAUCUCGGCUCCAGUUGCAUAUUUUCCGACCCCAUUUGUUUCAACGUUGGGAACGAGCUCAGGAGCAAUAAUUUCCCAGCAGGAGAAGUACAAACGCAUACUAACUUACUACAAGACCGCGAUACAGCAACAUCAGCAGUCCAGCACUUCUAAUGCCCUACCGCAAUGGUACGAUGUGAACUACGCCUACUCCGGUUUGCACAGCAUUAUACAUCCCCCACCGCCGGACGUUAACCUGUGGGGUGGAUCAUCGAUCAAAUUGGAACCGCAGCAACCGUUGGAAAUCGAAUGCAAGUUUUGCUUUGAGAACUAUGCCCAGUACAGUUGCCAGUUUUAUCCACCGCAGCCAGCGGAAUUUGCCGUCAAAUCGUUCCGUCGGGGCAAAGUGGUCGUGUGCGAAUGUUGCGAUUUUUCCGAUGGUGAAAAUGAGCAAACGCAACCCGUACUGGUGCCCGAAAAUGGUACGCUUGCAUCGACAUCGAAGGCAAGCGGUAGCGGUGAAGCUAAGUCUUCCGCCUCUUCGACUGGAGCGAACGAUGAAGUGCAAGAAAGUAAACGACGCCCACUGGCAGAGGAACAAUCAAAGGAGGCGGAAGCUAAAAUGUCAAAAAAGCCGAAAUGUGAACCCAACGCAAUUGCGGAAGGUUCUUCAUGCAGCGUCAAUGGCACUGGAACGAAUGGUGCUGCUGCACACAAACCGAAGGUGAAGCCGGGAUGGUAUGGGAAGGGCUAUCGUAAGCAUUUGCGACGCAAGAAGCGUACAAGUCAAGGAUAA